UAACAACGACGAGGGUUUAGAGAACGCGGGGCAGCCUCAUCAGCUCUCGUCUUGCACGUGAAAACAGGUAAUAUUAUUAGUAAUCUAUUAAGUAAUCAAAUUAGUUUUGAAGUUCUUAGCCGAGGAGGAAAAGCUGGAGCGAUUGCCGAUUUGAUAAGUGACAGAUUUGGAAGGAGUUCACUGCGAGCGAGCUGGGUCAGUUGCUUCAACAAGAGAAGAUACGUCUUUGAUGGCUGGAAUAUUUGGAUUUCUGUUUGGAAAAAAGAAACGCGAGGCGAUAGAAGACUAUGAAAGCGAGGAUGGCAGUCUGGACGAAUACGAGGGUGAGCAGCGGCGCAACAGCAAGAGACAGCGGCGGACGGAGCCGUUGGUCCUGCGGUUGAUUCUCAAGUACGCUAGUUCUUCUGCUGAGGAAGAACAAGAGGGAGAAGAACCAGACAGCGAAUGCCGGGUGAUUUUCUCGCUGAACGAGGAGGAUUUGGAGUAUAGGGCUAGUAUUCGUGAGUUUGCGCAGAACGUGGGGCAGGAGUUUGCUGGUGUUUUUGGGCGGUUGCGAGAGGAGCGAGAGGGGCAUCAUCAUCAUCAUCAUCAUGGAGACGAGGAGGAGGAGCAGGAUGAGGAGAUGGGUGCGUGGAGGAGGUAUCGGUGCUCGGAUGAGUUUGGGUUUUUGUAUACGCCCGAGAGUGUGGUGAAUGAUGUCUUUCGGGAUGGACAGGUCGUGAUAGUCGAGCAGUUGAGCGGUGAAGAUCAAUCACCAGGAUCAUUCGCAACUUCCCUUGUUAGCACUGAACCCGUGCCGCAAAUCGCAGAUGCGCAGAGUACACCCGAAUCAGACGAUGACGCGCCUGUCCUCUCGGAGCAGCAGCUAGCCGCGAUGGCAAAGAUCGACGCGAUGUUUGACACUUAUGAGGGUGAAAAGGAGAACUUGCCCAUUCAAAAGAAAGGGAAACCGUUCGAAGGCACGCAGGCGACAAAGGCGCGGAAUUUGCGGCGUAAGCGGGCAAAGCAACUUCGUAAGCAGAAGCAGGAGCAGCAGCAGCGAGAAGAAGAAGAGGACGGGCAAAAGCCUACGGAUGAAGAAACUGAGCUGCUGGAACGGAAACGAAAAGAGCUGUUAUCGCGACUUGAUGCGAUGCAGGUUAUUGGGAGUGAAGGAGAAGGUUCGGACGGAUCGGAGGAUGAAACUGACGGUAUGGGGGAUGCUAGGCAAAGUGCGAACAGUACCCAGGAAAGCGAAAGUGACAGUCAAGAGGGAUCUUCGUCAUCGUCAGUUUCGUCAUCGCCGCCACUGCCACGGACAGAAGAAGAGUUUUUGCGGCUUGAUGUGUCGCAGGCUUUCGGGAGCGAUGACGGCGAUGCCCGCGAAUUGUUUGCAAGUCUAGGAUGGGAGAAUGUAGCUGAUGAUGCUGAGAUGAGUGGGAGUUAUAUCGGGGAAGGCGCGAGUGAAGAUGAAGAAGAAUCCUGGUCAUCGUCAUCGUCAUCGUCAUCGUCUUCAGAAUCAGAGUCAGAGUCAGAGUCAGAGUCAGAGUCUUCUGACGACGGAGAAGAGGCUCCUCAAGAAGCUGAUGAAUCUAGAAAUUCCCCCGCCUCAUCAUCGUCAUCGUCAUCAUCCUCGAGCGCCAGCCCAACACUCCAACCACACAUGACCGUCCUCGCCGAAUCAAUCGAAGUCAAAGGCCCCACCGCGCACGAGCUCGAUAUCCCACCCUUCCCGUUCGAGCAGGUCAACUCUGAGAACUGGAAGCCAAAGUAUCCCGUCCUCAAGCAGAACGGCGACGGCGAGGAGGCAGAGAAGGAGUGGGUUACUAGGCGUCCUGCGAGGAAGAGGAAGAGACGGUGAGUGAGAAGAUUUAUGUGUGAUGUAUUUUAGGUGUAUACAAAAUGAAAGCAAAU